AGAGAUGCCAGCACCCUGGCGUCAGCAUCCUAUGCAUGUAUGCCUUUGCAGAAAAAGGUAUAUAACUUGAUACUUAUCCAAUCUUAUUCAUAUGCGACUGCAUCAUGUCUCGCCAAAAUAAAAGGCGCUUGACAGAGUCCUUUUUGCGCCGUGAAGAUACAAAUCCCGAUCUAGGGAUUCUCCAUGCCGCGUCACCGUAUUCCAGACAAUUUUCUGAACCAGGUGGUGAUUGGUCUCGAGCAUGCGUACAGCGAUUCAGCGCGAUGUCAGUGCCACCACAGGCUUUGGCCAAGUUGCACCAGACCCAUGAGCUACUCAAGGCAACCCAGAUGGCAGAGGGCAACUUGCUCAACAUCCUGGAAGAUACCAACGAGACGGUCAUAGACAAGGUUUGGAGCACCAGCUCCUGGCAGGUGAUGCCUCAAAUGCCUCGAUGGAGCAAGGAAGCCUCUCAUGCGGUGAGGUCUUGGCGGGUGUCUCCUCCAGGCGCCAACAGGGGAGUGAUGCUCCAGCGCAUGGGCAUCGGAGCGGUGAAUACCAAGGGCAGCAAAGGACAUGGGGAUCGAUCUGUUGGGCAAGACUGCUGCUCAAUUUCUCUUCUCCCCUCUGGCUGGACUGUGUAUUGUUUAUUCGAUGGGCACGGAGAAGCAGGGCAUUGGCCGGCCAUCAGAUCGUCAAAAACACUACCAUAUUUCCUACAUGCAUCCGCUUCAUGCAGCACCAUGCUGAAACAAGGCAAAGUGAAGGCUGCUCUAUUCCAUGCCUUUGAGAAAGUUCAGAUGGACUUAGUGAAGCAAUCUGUGGAAGAAGACUUUUCCCUACAGGUCUGUGGAUGCACUGCAGUGUGUCUUUUGCAGCAUCCGGACUAUGAUACAGUUUGGGUGGCAAACCUGGGGGAUUCCAAAGCUGUCAUGAUUUCUCCGACCACCUUGGGGGUGGUGGCUGAGACUGUCGACCAUAAGCCCUCGGUGGCUUCUGAGCGUGAGCGUGUGGAGCGAAGCGGUAUGGAAUUGCAGACCACCAUUCAUGAUGAUGGCUUUGUCGAGGAGCGGCUGUUCAUUAAGGACGAGGAGUUCCCUGGCCUUUGCAUGACCAGAUCGCUGGGAGAUCUCUGUGUGAAGCAGCAUGGGAUCACUGCGGAGCCUGAGAUUGUGACAUGGGAUGUGAAGAGCUACCCUGACAGCUAUAUGCUGCUUGCGACUGAUGGUGUUUGGGACUUCCUCUCCGGCGACGAGGUUAGUGAGAUUGAAGCACGCUUGCAAACUUGCUAAACUUUGCUCCUGUACGGUGUUUAUGUUGGGGGCGGAAGCCAUUCUCGUUUUCGCCCCAUUGGCAGCAAAGGUGUUGGAGUGCACAUCGAAUGGUGGGACAUUGGAAGAUGCAACAGCUCAGCUGUUGGCAGCUGCCAAGGAUAGGUGGAGUGAUUAUGAUGAAAGCUAUUGUGACACUUGUCACAAACGGAUAGGAUAUGUGUAAAUAGAGUCAGUCUCUAGCACAGACUCUUGCAUAAGCUUGCAGGAGUUGUACAAAUUGUUCUUUGUGUGUGUGAUGCUUGCAAGUGCAUGUUUUUCAGCUACCGGUUACGUCAAAUGACAACAUUCUGCCAACACGUGUGCUUGCAGUGUGAAAACCCGUCCCUUGUUUUGCUAUACCGGUUAAAGAAGUCGGUGAUAUACAAAAUGACUUUUCCAGGAUUCAUUUCAUGAACAGCACAACUUUUCCGGAAAACGGACAAAACCCCGAAUUUCGUUUGUUUUGCUGCUUUUGGAAAUGCGAUGCCGUCACAGUGUGCAGAUGAUGUGCUGACAUGGGGUGCGGAUGGGUGCAGAGUUGGGGACUUGACAAGGCCAUCGCCAUUGCUCUUAGGUUGGAGGC